AUGAUACGACCAAAGACAUCGAAGGGCACAUCGUGCCAAGUAUGCGGAAAAGUUGGCCAUGAAGCACCUCAAUGUCGGUCGCUGAAACAAUCCCAAAAGACCCAGCAGAAGGAAAAGCCACAGCAGCAGACCACAUGUACACAUUGUAAGAAGCCCGGACAUACCAAGUCGGAAUGCUUCAUAUUAAACCCAUCCCUCAAAUCCCAGCCCAAAGGCUCACAGCAGCAACCGUCGACGAAGACGGGCGCGAAGACUGUAUGCCAACAUUGUAAAAAGAAUGGGCAUACAGCCGCCGAGUGCUUCCUGCUUAACCCGGAGCUCAAGAACCAGCCCAAGAAGAAACAAGAGCAGAGCGUGACAUGCAAGCACUGCAAAAAGAGUGGACACAGCAUCGACGAGUGCUUCGUGCUCCACCCAGAGCUAAAGAAGACCAAGCAGCAAAACAAAGAGGAGAGCGCGACAUGCAAGCACUGCAAAAAGAGUGGACACAGCAUCGACGAGUGCUUUGUGCUUCAUCCAGAGCUGAAGAACCAGCCUAAAAAGAAGAAGGGCAAGAAGAACGGAGAAGAGGAGGAGGAGGAGCCGGACUUGAUAUGCGAUUACUGCAAGAUGCCCGGCCACGAAGUCAAGUUGUGCUUCGUGCUCAACCCGGCCCUCAUGCCGUCCCAGCCGGGCGGCGGCGAAAACAAGGAGCUCCGGGAACCGCCACCGCGGCUCAGAAACAAGAUCGAGAAACAGGAGAUGAUGGGGAGGGGCGCCAUGCCGGAGGGCAUACACAAACUCACGAGGGUACGCCGUAUCCAAGGUUGGUCACCAGCGAGGAAGGCAUAUUACACGCUCCCGUUGUAUGCUGUUGCGGUGAACAAGCCAACCACGUUUGCCAAUAUGCCGAUCGUAUCGUAUGAGGCCUAUGACCCGUCGGGGGAUACGGUGAUGUGUUAUUGCGACUAUCCCAAAGAUGGCCACCAUUGUCACCUGCAGCAUUGGGUAAAACGUGCUGUGGACAAGGGAAAGGAUAUUAAGUUUACCCAGGAAAGCGAGGAGGCUUUCGGAAAAAUUAUGGCCCAAAGCCAUAUUGAUAGGAGUGACAUAACCAUGAUCAGCUAG